CUUUUUUUUUUCCGACUAUACUUAAACGCUUGUAAUCUUAUCCCUAAUUGUGUAUUAUCAUUGAAAAUCUCGUAAAAUCAUUUUGUUCUUUCUCUUUGAUCGAAGCAAUAAAGUUCAAUUUUAGAUCAGAAUUGAGAUGGAUUCCGGUGAUUGGCGCACUCCCCAAUCUCGUCAAAGGAUUGUCAACAACAUAAUGGAGACCUUAUACGGGCGUCUUCCUAUAUCUGGGGAAGAAGAAGUAGAGGAGCGUAAGAAAAUUGCAGUGAGGUUCGAGGAAUCGAUCUAUACUUCUGCAUCAAGUCAGCAAGAUUAUCUGCAGAAACUAUCUUUAAAGAUGCUGCCCAUGGAUACAACUCAAAAUCCUAUUACCAAUUCUUUACAUCCCAAUGCUUCCAGUAGUGGUCCGAAUGCCCAUGACCAAGCAUAUUUAGAUUCUACAGCUCAGAUGGGAAAUGCAAAUGCAGCUGAUUGGCAGGAGGAGAUUUACCAAAAGAUCAAGUCUAUGAGGCAGAUGUAUUUAUCAGAGCUUAAUGAUCUAUACCAGAAAAUUGCUUCUACAAUUCAGCAGCGUCCUCAACAUGAGCACAUUGAAAAGCUCAAGGUGUUCAAGAUGACUCUGGAACGCAUUGUGCUUUUUUUGCAGCUUAACAAGCAUGAUAUUUAUCCUAUUCACAAGGAGAAACUUCUUUCUGUUGAGAAGCACAUAAGUUUUUUUCUUAGUUCCAAUAGGCCGCACAGGCCUGCAUCUUCUCCACUGCAGGUGCAGGGGCAACUUCCUCAACCUUCCAUGCAUAGUCAGGCACAAAAUACAUAUGCACGUCAGACACCUAUGAUGGGUUCCGGUCAGCAAGAUAUUGCUUCUGAGUUUGAUAGACAUCUGAGUUUGGUAGAUUAGAUGGUAGUUCUGAUGGAUUAAGUUAUGCACGGAUGAUUUUGGUAGUUUUGGUGUUGCUACUUUUGGUAUUGAUACGUUGGGUUCUAGUUUUGAUGGAUUGAGUUCUGGUACUAAACUCGAUGAGCGUUGUUUAGCGUGUGCAUGGGCGGAUUUACGUGGAGGGAUAUGGGUUCACAUGAACCCAUGUACCCCUCCCUAGAUUAUGUAAAGUACUGCAAUUAUUCCGAUAAAUUAUUUACAUUUUAUGUGGGAACCCAUGCUAAAGAGCAUAUCUUGGCCAAUUGAUGGUCGUGUGCGCCAUUGUUAACCAGGUCUUGGAUUCGAA